CUUGAUCAAUCUUAUAAAUGGCCUUUUCCAGCCAGUGGUUCACUGUCUGUGGUUGAUGAGACACACUGCCAGAAGAAGGUCACCAUGAUGCGUGCAACCCUGGGUGUCUGGAUCUUAUCAGCAGCAAUUUGCGUGGGGAGAGGUCAUCACUGCUUAGGUACUGGCCAGGUGAAGGAUCAGGCAGACCAACACACUGCACACGACCACAGCGCCAGCAGCGCCUCACUGGUGAAUUCAGCAAACAAAGAGUUUACCUACCAUCUGUACAGGAAGUUAGCAGCUCAUGCUGACUCACAAGGCAAGAACAUCUUCUUCUCACCAAUUAGUGUGUCCGUCGCCUUGGCUGCCUUGUCUGUGGGAGCACGGGGGGAGACCCACAGGCAGCUUUUCAGGGGUCUGGGUUUCAACAGCUCCAUACUGACGCAGGCAAAUGUAGAUCAGGCUUUCCAUGCUCUCCUCAAAAUUGCAAAAUCUCAUGAAGAGACCAAUGAAGGGACUGCUGUCUUCGUGGAUAACAGCUUCAAGCCACACGCUGAAUUCCUGGACGUCUUGAAGCAGUCCUACUUUGCAGAUGGGUUUAAUAUUGACUUCACCAAUACCACAGACAGUGCCAAUACCAUCAAUAGGUAUGUGGCGGAGAAGACCAGAGGCAAGAUAGACAAGCUGGUCGACAGCCUGGAUCCAAACACAGUCAUGUAUCUCAUCAGCUACAUUUACUUCAAAGGAAAGUGGCAGACUCCAUUUGAACCUGAGCUGACCAAGGAGGACGAGUUUAUUGUGGAUGAGAACACCAAGGUUCCAGUUCAGAUGAUGAAUAUGGAGGAGGACAUUGAAUACUAUUACGACCAGCCGAUUAACACAUCAGUCCUCCACCUUCCCUUCAACAGCUCCUACUCCAUGCUGCUGUUGUUGCCUGGCGAUAUGGCAACCCUAGAGAAUGUCAUUAGCCCAGCCCAUGUCGCCAAAUGGCUGAAGUGGAUGAAGUCCAGGCGAUAUGACAUAUAUGUUCCAAAGUUCUCCAUCAAGAGUUCCUACAAGCUGAAUGAUGUGUUGACUGAAAUGGGAAUGACAGACAUGUUUGAUGAUCAUGCAGACUUGAGUGGCAUUUCAGAUUUGCAAAGACUGGCAGUCUCAGAGGUUGUGCACAAAGCUACCCUGGAUGUAGAUGAGGCCGGAGCCACAGCUACAGCAUCUACAGGCAUGAGCAUCACACUUCUGUCCCUCCGUCUAAUCCCUGCCUUGAAGUUCAAUCGUCCAUUUAUGGUGAUCAUCACUGAGCGCAACACACAAGAGACACUCUUCAUUGGCAAGAUUAUCAACCCAAAUGAAUGAUGAAGGAAACAUUUUAUGUUUGCUCGAGCAGUUGCAUCACAUGUAAAAUACAAACAUUUAAGAAACAUUUUGUCUGUGGUCUCUUCCUUUCUGACUGAUUGUCUAGCAAACACUUUUACUGUUUAUGAGUGUUUGUUUUUAUAUUAGUUUUUGAAGGAGAACUAGUACACUGAUAAAAUAUUAUCAACAGGCAUUCACAUUAGUAUUUGGCAGUCAUUAUAACAAAGAUCAUCUUUUAAAACAAAUACAUCAAAUUCAGGGACUAUGGAGCAUUUUUAAAUUCAUUCUACAACUAUUUAUUCUUUAGUCUCUUUUUCAGUAUUUGACGAAGCACUGGAGCACAUCUCCUUAAUUUCUAUCUUUCCCUAAGAUGGUAAAAGAAGACAUCCCAGUGGGAAAAACAUUGAUGUAUUUCUCUCAUUAGAUAUGACACAACCAUUUUGUAUACACACCCCUUUUUUUGACAUGUGUCAUAUGUGUAUGUGAGGCUUUUGCUGUAUUUUCUGAAAUCAUGGGUUGCCUAGGUUGGUUAUUAACUUAAAAGGUAAUCAUUGGCCAUAUACUGUAUAAACAGAUGGUUUCAUAAGGGAAAU